UCUAGUCAGAGGCGGCCGACGGUCGUACAUUCCAAGUGACUUGUACGAUGCCAUUGCCGAUUUAAUGACAUGACUAUGAUGGCUGGAAUUUCUGAAGUACGGUGCACCCUUUAUAUUUUGUUAGAAAGUUAGCGAAACGAAUUGGCUUCCGGAUCAACAUUGUGAUUUUCUUUACAUGAACGGUGUUAUCGAUAGUUUACUGCACGCUUUUAUAAUGUUGCCUGGAUAAAAAGGGUCUGUGAUUUCAUGUAUUUUUAAACAUGUUGUGAUUUGUGGCGUUUGUUUAAAAACUUUUUUUUUAUUAUUAUUUUUUAUUAUAUUAUAUGUUUAUAUAUUUAUAUUUAGUAUUCGUUAGAAUCGGUGAAAUGGUUUAAAGGUUUGAUAAAAAGAAUGUAUUGCCGAUGCUUCUAAAAUGACCGUUUCGUUUAGUGUCAAUAAGGAGUACAAUACCUUCCUCCAGUAUGCACAACCAGUUUCAGUGUGCUAUCUCAAUGCCGAUAUACAUCAUCUUUCGAUGCUGAAAUCUUCCGUUCCGUGUUGUUUCUGGAUUCCUGUACUUGUCAACGGCAACCGCUACCACAAGGCGAAAAUUUCUUACACACAGAAUAAAUGGGAAACAGAUACCUUGAGUAUUGUACCGGUGUUUGUCAGUGUAUAGUCAGUGAAAACUGGCAGCUUUAUAAAAUUAUUGGAGUCGGAGGCAUUGGAUCGGGAUCCCUGUAUUGGUUGUCGAAAUUAUCACAGCGAUUUCCAAAAACAGGAGGCCUAGGGAUCCUGGGGAUCGAACAGUUUCGCCUCGGCCACGAUAACGGCAGCUCGCAAGAUAUCUCACGCACCAUACGGUACAUGUACCACGACGCUUCAUACAUCAAACUGGCCCCUGGAUCGUACGAGACGUGGGAAGCGAUUGAAAGUGAAUCGGGAAUUAAACUGGUUACCAAGACUGGCGGUUUGUUUUUUACUCCAAACGAGCGAGGACAUGUGGCUCUUAUUGACCAAUUAGCCAAAGCGAUGACAGCCGAAAAUAUUCUAUUCGAGCGUUUGGAUGGUGCCGGCAUACACAGAAAGUAUCCGCAGUUCAACGUUAAAAAUAAAGAUAUUGUCGGACUGUACCAGAAAGACUCUGGAUUUGUCAAUGCCGGUUUGGCAAAUGCAGUGCAUACACAGCUCGCACGUAAACAUGGCGCAGAAAUUUUGGAAAACACGAAAGUGACCAAAGUGGCCAAAGAAGGCGGUCAUGUGCGCGUUAGCACGAACAACGGCGAUUAUGCGGCGGAAAAUUUGAUCAUUGCUUGCGGUGCGUGGAAUAACGAUAUUCUGGAACAUCUCGGCGUGAAAGUAUCAAUUACUGUUACACAAGAACAAGUCUCUUAUUUUGGUACACCGAACAUCAGGGAAUUUCUGCCUGACAGAUUUCCUGUAUGGAUAUGCCAUGGCAUUCAUCACGAUUAUCACGGAACUCCUAUAAACCCAGGCUGCAGCACCGGUAUUAAAAUUGGCGCUGACGCGUCUGGGAGCGUUUGCACCGCCGAUACAAGAACCUUUCAAGUUAACCCAGAACGUCUCGAAGCUGCGGAAAAUUUUCUGCAAGAAUUCAUACCAGGGGGAUACGGUCCAGAGCUGUACACAAAAACCUGCCUGUACGAACUGACACCAGACCGGCAUUUCAUUUUGGAUAGUUUGGCUUGUAAAGGACUUCCUAAUGUCCAUGUAUUCAUGGGCUGUGGGCAUGGGUACAAAUAUGCGUCUCUCAUUGGAAAAAUUUUCGCUCAGCUCAUCCUACUUGGCAGCACCGAAUAUCCGAUAUCGGAUUGCUUCCGAAUAGAUCGACCGGCAUUGCGAAUGGUUGAUGUCAAGGAAAUCAUUAACUUAUCUGGAAAAAAGCAACAGUUACCGCCCGUUCCCGGAUGGCGCGCUAUUAAAAAUUCAAUAUAGUACUACAUCAAUCGCCAGAACACCUUAAAUAAUAUUGUUUUUUGUUGGUUUCUGUUGCAGUGCUUGCUUAAUUAUAUAUUAGACUGCCAAAUAUUAGAAAAAUAUUUGUUGAUACAUCAUACAAGUACUGUAAGUUGUUGUUUCGAAUAAGGUGGGAUAAAAUUGUUUUGCACUGUUUCUGCAACUGUAACUAACUCACAUAUCUG